AUGGCGACACUCAGCCUUCAAGAAAUCACGUCCGAAGAGCAAUUCAACAACCUCACCUCCUCUGCCUCCCCUUCCACAGUCUUCAUCCUCUACUUCCACACCCCCUGGGCCGCACCGUGCGCACAGAUGACCACCAUCCUCUCCACCCUCGCAAGCACAUAUCCCUCAUCCCGCGCCUCCGACCUCUCCUUCCUGACCAUCAACGCCGAAGACAUCCCCGAAAUCUCCGAGACCUACGACGUGACGGCCGUGCCCUUCACCGUCAUCGUGCGGGAUGGCAAAGUGGUGGAAAGCGUCUCCGGCUCCGACGCGACGAAAGUGCGCACCGCGGUGGAGAAGUACGCCGGCACGGGCUCGACGCCCGCGAGCGUAAACGGCGGGACCAAAAUCCCGCCCGCCCUCACAGCCGAGCCCCAGAAACAGCAGAGCAGCGUGUCCACCUCGGAGGAGCCGAACGGGGGCGCGGAGAACACAAACACAAGCACAGCCACCAAGGAUCUCAGCGGGUAUGCGCCCAAGGAGAGCGAUCCGCAGACCGCACCUGCGUACUCUGGCGGGACGGAUCAGCGGGAGGAGUUGACCGAGCGGCUGGGCAAGCUGGUCAAGGCCGCACCAGUCAUGCUCUUUAUGAAGGGGACACCCUCCGCGCCGCAAUGCGGGUUUAGUCGCCAGCUUGUCAGCAUUUUGCGUGAGAAUCAGGUGAAAUACGGAUUCUUCAACAUCCUCGCCGACGACGAGGUCCGCCAGGGCCUCAAGGCCUUUUCUGACUGGCCCACUUUCCCGCAAUUAUACACCGACGGGGAACUUGUGGGCGGGCUGGAUAUCGUUCGAGAAGAGCUAGAAUCCGAUCCGGAGUUUUUCAAGCCCUACAGGGCGAGUGCAACGGCGUGA